AAUAUUUAAAAUCAAAAGCGCCAUUUUUCUUAUUCGUUUAGCUGUUCUGUUUCUUUGUCGUCUUUUUGAUAAAAAUACUUUUAUAUGCAAAAAUGGAUGAGCUUGUAAAGACACAAUUACAUAAAAACAGUUCAACGUUCAAACUUUCCCUGGAUCGAAUCAUAGACAAGUAUUCAAAACUUCAGUACCAGGACGCGGGGGUAGAGGUUGAUCUCGACGAUAUAAGCCCAACAAAGCUUGACAGCUACAUGACGUUGUCUAAAAAGAAGGUGAUCUCACUGCAACUGAAGAGCUCGACAGAUUUCAGAGAGGAGUCACUAAGAGCACAUGACACCACAGGAGGCUCUCAGCUGGACUUGUCAUCUGAUACCAGCACCCAGCUGUCUAUGGAAGAUAAUGGGAUGACUAGAAGGGAUGUGACUCAGCUGACUGUGAGCUCACUGGAUGAGAGUCAGAGAAACUUUUCCAACGUGGACCUUCAACCUGAAGACCAAGAUGAGGAGCUGGAAAUGUCUCUUAGAAGUCAUGGCAGUUCCUGGGUGGAGCUCUAUCCAAGCAUGAUUAGUCGGAUAAAGAGGGCCUGGGAUCGGCAGCAUGUCUCUACAGCCGCUGAUUUUGUGCUGAGGAGGUACCGCAGAUGGCGUCAGCAAUCAAAUAGAAAUAACCUCAACAACACCUUUGUCGUCCCACUUAGACACACAAACAGCAAACCAAAGAAGAUGACCACAAGAGCAUUUCCAGAGAAAAGCUCCAGCAGGCCUAUGAAAGAGCAAUUCACGAGGACCAAAACACCACCUUUACAGACUGUGACCUGUCCUCGAGACGGGCACGAAAUGCACCGAUCUCCUGAUAGGGAGGAAAACCUUAUGAGCAGGCACCAGCAUAAGCCUGUCCUUGUAAUGGACUUCUCUGCUUCCUCUGUGUCCUUUAAACCAAAAGAGAUACCAUUAAACAAGACUUUCACUGUGUCUCAGCUGUCCCCUCGUAAACAAACCCAGCUGGAAGACCAGGCCUCUGCCUAUAGCGUCAGUCCUUCACGACCUUGUGCUAAAGCCUCUGAGGAAAGAUCGUGUCUUUCUCUAUUAGAGACAGCUGGGAGCUCCAUCCUUGCACCAGAAUUCACUGCUGCAAUACAGAGACCUGAUAUCUAUGGCUCCCCAGUCAGGCAGGAGGGGUCGAGCUUUAGAGACAGGAGUCCCCUAAAAGCAAGAGUGGUGACCAGCCUAGGAAGAUCACCUCAUUCAUUUUCCAGAAGCCCCAGUGAAUAUUCUAUGACUUCCAGAGAGCCUAUGAGGCCCAGGUCACUCACCGCCUCUCUGUUUUCCCCGACAAAAAGGCCUGUUUUGCCACUGAAGAUGCUUUACUCUCAAAACUCUAAGCAGUCCUUCCUGCCACACUCAACGCAGUCAGCCACAGCAGCAGGGGGUCAUCGCAGGCUCGUACGACACCUCUCCUUUGAUUCUGUCCUGCCUUCGUCCCCGGGCUCGUGCUCGCCAAAACAAGUUGAUGAGGAUUUCAUGAAACUUUACCACAAGUUUGUGUGCCAGAACAAGUCGACUUUCUUUAAUGGCCCUCCAUGCCGUCUCUGUGCUAGAAGCUCUGAGGCCAGCAGAGGUCACUCUUCGUCAGCUCUGGCUGCUCUUGCACUGUCACCGCACCGGUCUGUCCUGAGGAAACGCCACAGGGACCUAGACUGGAACAGCCAUCCACAGUCCAAACGCUUCAGGGAUGUGUAUUGCACAUACUCCCCAGGGUCCAAACGCCACAGCAGAGAGAUGCUAAGGCAGGGUCUCUCUUUGUCUGAACUGGAGCUACCUCGUGGUGGUAGCUCCAGUAAGCACAGCAUGUUUCAAAGGUUCAGCAGCCAGCAGUCUCCAGCACAUGAGGAACAUAUGGAGGCUGAAUCUGCAGCGGAUUUUUCUGGCAUGGGAAGUUCACUAGAGAGCAAAAUGACCUGUAGCUACUCUCCCAGAAAAUGGCGAUGAAGGGGAUCACCAAGGAGACGGGCUGAUGAAAUUUAAUAUGUAUGACCAUCUAGUUCAGCGAUGGAAACCUGCUUAUAAUUAAUCUCUCUGAACUAUUUUUAAUUGAUUAUAAUUCUUAUAUUUUGUAGCUAGAUUUUAUACUUUGUUCUAUCAAUUCUUGAAUAUGUUUGAUGUCUAUUCAUUACUGAUUAAAGUACUUGUCAUUGUAGUUAUUGCUCAUACAUCAUAUUCCUGUAUUUUUCAAAUAGCCCAAACAGCCCAAAACCCAAACAAAACAGCUUUUCUAAGUAAAUAAUAGAAAUAAAGAUGAUUUAAUGUUU